UUAUUGUGAAUUUAUGACGUGUGUGAGCGAGAUGUAUUUUAAGUGCGAGUGUUUUGAUUUUUAUCGAAAUUAUAAAAACUGGGCAUAAUCACAACGCGUAGUACACGUAAUUUUAAGAGAAAGUGAAAUUACUGUAAUUUUAAAAUAUUGAUGUACUAUGUUAGCUUCAUAAUCGCUAAUAGUAUUAACUAUUUUAAGUGUUUGUUCGUAAACAAGGAAUUGUUGAUUGUGUGAUAAUUGAAUUUAAUUUGUGUAUUUUCUUAAAUAGUGUGAGAAUAAUGGGUGAUAAAGACGACUAUUUGACUAGUUAUCGGGUGUUUUUCGAGAAUUUCGCGGCUACUGUGGACCCUGAGGACCAGCUACCCGUGAAUAUAGCAGGAUACACAAUCACAGAGGCGGAGGUGCCGGGCGAAGUGAUAUAUUGGACCACACAGUAUUUGACAGAAAAACAAUGUCCGCCGACACUGAUGACACAUCUUCAGCGGAUCAUACUUGACGAGGUGCGGAUCGCAUCGAAGAAACAUCCCAACGAAUUCGGUUACAACUCUGACGAAUCGGAGUACAUAGCUCUCCGAUUAAUGCAAGCAGUGACAGCGCGCGUCAAUGAUGUGUGCUUACGAUAUCUGGACAACGCACGCCUUGACACGCUACCGCCGCCCCCGCCACAGUCACUCAAAGAGUACAAAACAGUUUCUUCUGCCACUAAGAACUCAAGAAGAGUCAUGGAGGAUAGACAUGUCGAGAUUGCAAACCUGGAAGCGUUGUUUGGCAUUGAGACGACGGAACCCACCAGUUUCUACGCAGUAUACGACGGUCACGCGGGAUCCGCGGCGGCGACCUACUGUGCAGCCCACCUACACCAGUACCUAGUGGAGAGCCCGCACUUCGCCAGAGACCUGAGACAAGCCACGCAUGAUGCCUACUUGAGAACAGACGCCGAGUUCAUUAGAAAAAGUAAUCAGAAGAGAGCAUCAGGCGGCAGUACAGCAGUAUCGGUAGCAGUGCGCGGGCGACGCUUGGUAGCGGCGUGGGCAGGCGACUCCCUAGCUCUGCUCGCCAAGCGCAUGCGCCUUAUGCAGCUCGUCAACCCGCACAAACCCGACCGACCUGACGAAAAAGAACGAAUAGAGUCGACGGGCGGCACAGUGAUGUACUGGGGCACCUGGCGAGUCAACGGACAACUAGCGGUCUCACGUGCCAUAGGUGACGCGCAAUACAAGCCGUAUGUGACCGCGCGGCCCGAGAUAGUGGUGGUGGAGCUGGAUGGGGACGAGGACUUCGUGGUGGUGGGCUGCGACGGGCUGUGGGAUGUCCUCAGUGAGGACGCUGUGGCGUUGUCCGUCUACAAACAGCUGUGCAAUGACCGAGAUGACUUGAAGGCGGUGCCCAAGAAUCUGGUAAGGCAGGCGAAGAGGGCCGGCUCCGAGGACAACAUCUCCGUAAUCGUGGUGUUCCUGAAGGACCCGCGUGAUAUCAUCGCCGAUAACUGCCCGCCCAUGGACCUUGGGCUGGACAACGCGCGGGUGACGAACGUGCCACCGUUCGUCUUGAAGGAUGAAGCCUGCAAAACCGUGGUCGCCGAGACGGGAGGCGGCGACUGCGCCGAAGGGGGCGACAACGGCGUGUCUGACAGCGACAGUGAAGACCUGGGGCCGGAGACUGCGGUAGAUGCCGACCUAGAUGUAGAUGACGACGCCGAAUUGAGAGACGAGCCUGCACCUCCCACGCCGCCUGCACAUGCCGUGGAAUCGAGCCACGUCGACGGCAACUUGGCGGAUAAUGUAGCGGAGAGUGGCGAGGAGUCCGAAGACGAGUGGAAUUACUUCAAAGGCGAGGGUGAACGGGAACAGAUCCCCAGUGAGGAGAACGACGAGCCGCCACGCUCAGAGACACCCGGUCAAGAUAAUUCUGCCUGGGAAAGUAGUUCAGUAGACAUGAACAGUUCACCUCUCAACCCUGACGCGCCGGUAUUUGUACCCGGCGGGGUGGGCGGCUCCGACGUGCUACUGGCAGAGUCUCCAAGGAAACCCAUGCCCAUGGAUGACAUUGAGCUGCCAGAUGCAAACCAGUUCAAGACUGAAGCUGUGGUACGACCAGCUGAGUUACAGGACUUAGAUAACUGUGACCAACUUAAUGGGCAUCAUAAUAUAUCAAUGGAAGGUGUGACAGAACAUUUGAAUGGGAAUGACAAGGAUGAAAUGGAGAGCUUAGGGUUUGGCUUCAAUGUAGGAAUUGAAAAAGAGAAGGUCAAAGACAACAAUCUCAUACAAGACUUUGAAAGAAUACAGAAGGACACAACAGAUUUUUGUAAUAUUCAGGUGUUUCCUGCACACACUGAAACAAAUCCUUUCAACACUGACGUUGAUGACGAAUUCUUUGAAAGACUUAAAAACAAAGAAAGGGAUCCAAUGAGUAUGAGCUUCUACCAGGAAAAGGAUGAUGAUACAUGUGAACGCUUUGGUAAACUGGAACCGAGCGUUGAUCUCAAUGCAGUUCAACCUCUACCUGACAGUGACGAUGAGGACAUGCAACCAAAUGGAGGACAUCAAAGUGACCGUGAUGACAAAGAAAACGUAUGCCCUAGUGAGAAAUCAGACUUGUUCAAUUUAGAAGAUGGCCAGGAACCAAAUAAUGAUAGAAUGAGGUUUGAUGAACAGUCUGAUACCCUAGCAAACAAUAUUACCAACUUAGAUAAUUUCAUGGACUUCAAUGUCAACAGCACAAACAAUAUACAAAACUAUUCCAACACUGAGUUUGAAUGCAACAUACAGGAAUCAGUUGUUCAAACAGAUACGCCUGAAUCACACAAGCUUCUUUUCGAACAAAUACCAGAAAUACCUGAUGGCAAAAGUUCGGAAUUAGGAUUUACGAAUGAAGACUUACUGGAACCUUCAGAGAGUGAAAGAGAUGCGCGAGCCAUCACACCACAGGACGAGACCUCACAGGACAUCGAAAUGGAGAGUAAACUUGAAGAAUCGCCUUCAGAAGAAGUCCAAGCUGAAUUAGCUGGUGAAGUCAAAGAUGAGCUAGCUCAUUCAGAUCACAUUGACAUUUCUGAGACAAGCGAUCAUGUUGAACAACUAGAUAUUAUUGAAAAUGAAAUCACUAAUGAAAUUACAGAAUCUGAAACCACGCCGGACUUAGAAGAAAAACUAAUUGAACAGUUCUCCAACUCUCCAGAGAUGGAUCACGAAAACGUCGUAGUGGAUGUUCAUAAAGAACCCGAGUUUAGAAAUUUCGAUGAAUUUGACGCUGAGAAUAAACAAGAUAAUAUGACCCAUGAUAAUAUUAAAGACUCGUCAGAAUUCGAUAUAGAUACUGAAAUAAGAUUAGAAACUGAACAAGAGGUAGAACAAUUACAAGCGCCUGUAUCACAGAUGCCAGGCGAUUCCCCAAUACAGUCCCCUGCGCCGAGCGAGACUUUGCUGCCGAAUGAGUCUCUAUUGCCGCGUGAUUCUCCCUUACGUGAUUCGCCUGCUCCACAAGAAUCUUUAUUGAGGGAGUCCCCACUGCCCCAAGACACUUCAUUACCAGAAAGUUCACCAUUGCCCCAAGAAGAUUUGUCUGUGCUUCGAGAAUCUCCACUGCCCCAAGAAACACAGUUGCCCAGUGAGUCGCCACUGCCCCAAGAGUCACAGUUGCCCCAUGAGUCGCCAGAGCCCAGUGAGUCGCCACUGCCUCAAGAGUCACAGUUGCUCCAUGAGUCGCCAGAGCCCAGUGAGUCGCCACUGCCCCAACAGUUACAGCUGCCCCAUGAGUCACCAGUGCCCAGUGAGUCUCCCUUACCCACUGAAUCACCAGUCCCCAGUUCGGUUGCACAUCUCAAUGCACCGGAACCAACUACUUCACCUCUCGCAAACUCUCCUCUUCCCACAGAGUUAGAGGUUUCAGAGUCUAUUGCACCAGCACAGUCACCAUUACCCUUACAAUCUCCAGAACCAGAGUCAAAAUUACCCGCACAAGACGAUCUCGAGCCUCCGGUACCGGCCGAGAUUCCCCUACCACGGGAAUCACCCCUACCUUCUGAGUCACCCUUACCAGAUGAUGCACAUCUCGCUGAUUCAUCGCUUCUCAGGGAAACGUCACAAACUAAAGACACAUUCUUAUCUGAAUCACCUUUACCUAUUGAAACUACCAUUAAUGAACAAGUAUUAAUCACUGAAUCGCAAAUUGAGCCACAAAUAGAAUCACAAAUUGAAGCACAAUUAAAUUCACAACAAAUACUGGAAUUUGAACAAGAAAUAUCUGUCCCAGAUGAUAUACAACGAGAAUCUCCUCUUCCAGUUGACAACAUUGAAGAACGAAUCCAUAGAUCGCCCCUUCCUGUAGAACAAAACUUCGAGGAAACUUUCUCAAGAGAACAACAAGAGUUUUCUGCAUUUGUACAAGAAUCAGUUGAAAAAAGUGUGCCCGAACAGCCCUGCCGGUCUUACAGUGCAUCUCCACUGCCUGUUGAAGCACAACUUCAAGCACAGUCACCUAUUAAUAGACAUAUUGAAUCACCUGUAUGCGAGCCCCUCAGAGAUUCACCGUUGCCUGUCGAAUCGGUAGCUACUGAAACUUUGUCUGAGCGACUCGAAAGCUUUUCGCCAGCGCCCGUAGAUACCAUCGCAACCCCCGAGCCGACAAAACUCGCGGAGCCCGUCGCACUUGCAGACGAGCCCGCGCCCGUUGCGCCUUCCGCUCCUUUAGUUGAAUCCGUUUCAGAGGUCGUGCCUCCACAGGAGUCGGAAGUAAAAUCUGAACAAUUAGCCGAAAUGACUACCUCGACACCCGACAUCGUGCCCGAAGAACGACCGCGCAACGAACUAGUCACAGACAUAGACAUCGGCAUUCCCGAAUCGAGGGCGCAAGAAAUAUGCGUGCCCGUCACUAGCGAGAUCCAGCACGAGGACGUCGUGCGGCCUGGUGCCACGCCGCCGCCCACGCCCGCCGUCGGCGACGCGCCCAUCGCGGCCGCCGUCGCCGUCGCCGCCACCGCCGCCGCCGCCACCGCCGCCGCCGCCGCCGCGAUCACCGCGAAGGCCGCCAAACCGAGUUCCCCCAAGAAGGCGUCCACGACGCCGGCCGCGAAAACCGACUCGAAGGCUACGCCGAAGUCGACCGCCGCGCGAACGCCGACAUCGGCCAAACGCGUCGCCUCCGCUACGACCGCGGCGCGCUCGCCGGCCCCCCGCGCGCCCGCCGCGCGCUCCGCAAGCGCCAAGGCGUCGCCGGCCGCGCCGCGCGCCGCCUCCAAGCCAGCCGCGUCGCCGGUCAAGUCUGCCCCCUCGCCCGCCAAGCCCACGGCCGCGUCCGCCAAGCCGACAGCCGCGUCCGCCAAGCCGACAACCGCGUCCACUAAGUCGGCCACCCUUCCCGGUAAAACCGCCGCGAAACCUGCGCCCCGCGCCGCCGCGGCGCCCGUCCCGCGCACGACUGCGGCUCCGCGGCCCGCGCCCAUCACUCGGUCGGCCCCCAAGGCCCCCGCGACGAAACCCGCCACAGCACCAUCUAAACCGAUGACCGCAACACUCAAGGCGACGACCAUAUCAACCAAGAUGGCGGGCGCACCACCCAAGACGACCGCAGCGCCCAAGACUACGACCACGGCACCGAAGACGAUGAGGACCGCAUUAUGUGAUGGUAUGCUUCGAGGUGUCUCAGCCGAGAAGACAGCAAGCCUGCCCAAAGCUAAGGCUCCAGGGCCGCCGCAGCCUUUGACGAAUGGAGAUGUGAAGACGAGCGCCAAGCCCGCGCCCAUAACGCGAGCCGGGGCCGCGCGCCCCGCGCCUCCCAGCAGACCCACGGCGCCGAAGCCGGCGUCGCGCGCGCCUCUGGACAAGCAGAGCAAGGACCUCGCCAACAAGCGCAUCACCGCCAAGGCCGCGCCGCCGAGGACCGCCCCCAACAAGGCCCCAGUUGGCAUCAAAGGCACAAAAGCGGUAACCAAGAGGCAAGACAACAAGAAGGACACUGAAGCGGCGCUCACGAACGGCGCGCCCGAGGCGUGCAAGGCGCCGCCCAGCCCGCCCGCCGACGCGCUGCCCGACGUCAUCGCGUAGGCGCCAUCACACGAUUCCUAUUAUUUUCCGCUUCAAUUUUGUGAUUUUCUAUAAGUGUAUCAUAGUUUUACGGCUCGCGCACACGCGUCGAAUUUUGACGUACGUUUUAUACCUUCACAAUUUGAUAGCAUAAUGCGCAAAAAACCGACACAACACGUUUUAUUAGUGGACUUUAUUGUCAGCACACAUCAGAGUAUCCCAUCGUGAAUAUCAUUAGUUUGUCAGUACUAAAAAUUAGAAUGAAGUCAGCGAACGCGCUUUACCUCUAUUUCCGUCAGUAAAGGUCCAGUUAAACUGAUCGGCUGACUCAGUGUUAUUACUAUCAUUGAUAUUUUUCAGUACUGAAGAAUAACCUGCGUACGGCUUCUUUUGUCUCGUCGUAUGCCAUCAACUUUAAUUACAUCUUUUUAAUCAGCGUCUAUUUAUUAUUUUAAACCAUAGUGUUUUCUCAAGGUCUUGAACAAUUAAAUCCUGUUUAAAGAAAAAAUGGCGAACAUACUAGAAUGAAGAAAUGUACGUACGAAUUCGAAGAGUGUACGUUGGUCUUUAUGGCUAAGUAAUGAAUCUUCUCUUAAUACUUGAUAGCAUCAAGCAUGGUAACUAUUAAGUGUCUGAUUUCUGGCAUUGCGUCCUUACAGCAAAUGUCAAAAAACAGUCGUUAAUAUUUAAAAACCUCUCCAGUGUUAAGAGACGUUUCGGUAUACGCCCGUUAAGGUGAUCAAACAUUACGCACACGCAAACGCAACACAUCUUUCAGUACGGAAAAUUCGAAUGACGUCAUCAUUACGUCGAUUGCACACGCGUACAAUUUCGAAUGACGUCACAAGAACAUUUUUGAAAGUGAGAUUCAGCUUGCUGCGUGUAUUUUGUCUACAUAUUGAAAAAUGCAUUGCGCGAUUGCGUAUGUAGUGUGUGAUCAAUAUUUAGGCUUGACUACUUUCUACGCUGAUGUCGGUCGCGCGUACAAUUCGCUUUGCCAGCGUCACAGUGUUGGCAACCUGUUAUCGUACACGAGACCGACAUCAGCGUAGGAGCAGGCCUUAGGUUGAGAUCUAUAGAGCGUACUUUAACAUUGCUUAGACUUUGUGUUAAAACGAGACAGAUGUAUGUGUUUGAUGUAUAAAUCCGUCUCGUUUUAGCUCUGUCAUAAGUCUGGGUAAAGUCGAAGUAUGCUCUAUAAAUCUCAGCCUUAAAGUCGCUCGUAGCGGCUAGUCGUUAGGUGCGGGAGGCGUCUCCCAUUUUUAUAUUAUAGACAUCAGCUUUUAGAUAAGAGUACGUUGCGGAGAGCGAGCGCGUCGCUGCGCGCGACUACGUGCGUGUAGAUGCGCAGUAACGCGCACCGACGCGCCCGAAUUAUUAUCCACUAUUAUGAGAAUUUUUAUAUUACCAACGAAUGAUUGAUUUUAAUAAAUCCGGCUUUUAAUUUAUUUUCUUUGUAUAACCGUAUUAUUUAAAUAAAAAAUGUGAAGAACGACUGA